AUGCAGGACAACUCUGAUGGCAGUGCUAUCCAGGCUGCCUCAUCAGAAGGCCACCAAGAGAUUGUAAAACUACUCUUAGACCAGGGAGCAGACAUCAAUAUCCAGGGCAGACACUAUGGCAAUGCUCUCCAGGCCGUCUCACGAGGAGGCCAUCAAGAGAUUGUCAAACUACUCAGAGCACGGACCAGACUUUUUUGCAUUGCUCUCCAGGUUGCCUUAUCAGGAUGA